ACGGUGUUUGUGGGAAAGAGCAAGCCACAGAAAGAUCCCCUGAGCUCCUUCCGCUGGCAGGGCUUCAAGCUGGAAGAAUAUCUCAUUGGCCAACCCCUCGGGAAGGGCUGCAGCGCCGCCGUGUACGAAGCAGCUAUUCCUUUCUGUUGCGAUCGUCAGGGGCGUGCGGAGAGCAGCCAUUUGACAGGGCAGGGGCCAGCCGUGCAGCGGGAUCGUGGCUCGGCUUCGCAGAGGGCCGAAGAGGAGCCCGUAGAGCAACACCAGCCGAGAGAGGCUUUUCCCUUAGCUAUCAAAAUGAUGUGGAACAUUUCGGCUGGUUCGUCAAGUGAAGCCAUCCUCGACGCUAUGGGCCGAGAGCUUGUUCCAGCCACGGGGGUUGCCUUAGCCGGAGAAUAUGGAGCUGUGUCUGGCCGCAGAAAGCCUGUCCUUGGGAGGAAGAAGUUGCAACCUCAUCCGAAUAUAAUCCAGGUGAUCCGAGCGUUCACAUCCUCUGUCCCUUUGCUGCCCGGAGCCUUCGCAGACUAUCCCGAUGUUCUUCCGUUAAGCCUGAAUCCCAGAGGGAUCGGUCACAGCCGCACGCUCUUCUUGGUGAUGAAGAAUUACCCGUGCACGCUGCGUCAGUAUCUGAGGGAGAGCAGUCCAGAUGUUCGUCUCUCCACGAUGAUGAUUCUACAGCUCUUGGAAGGCGUGGACCAUCUUGUUCGACACGGAAUAGCCCACAGAGACCUGAAGUCUGACAACGUCCUCGUUGAAUUUGAUGCUGCUGGCUGCCCCUGGCUGGUGAUCACGGACUUCGGUUGCUGUUUGGCAGAUGAAAACGUCGGCUUGAGACUGCCUUUCACCAGCUCGUACGUGGAUCGGGGCGGCAACGGCUGCCUUAUGGCCCCCGAGGUGAUCACGGCGUCGCCUGGUCCGGGCACGGUGAUCGACUACAGUAAAGCCGACGCUUGGGCUGUGGGAGCGAUCGCCUAUGAAAUCCUUGGCCUGGCCAAUCCUUUCUACGGCCACGGGGACUCGACUCUGGAAAGCCGAAGUUACCGUGAAGACCAGCUGCCAAGCCUGCCCCAUCGCGUGCCCCUUGAGGUGAAGCAAGUGAUCGAGAUGCUGCUUCAGAGGGAUCCCAAGAAGAGAUUGUCUGCUAGAGCUGCUGCUAACGUGCUUCACCUAAGCCUCUGGGGUGAAAGCGUUCUAGCGUCCAAGACCCUGAAACCCGACCAGAUGAUCGCCUGGCUUCUCUGCCAGUCUGCGGCCGCUUUGCUCAUGGACGGACUGGUGGAUAAAAGCCGGGUAGAAACCAAAAUGAAGAUGUGCUUUUUGGCAAACCUUGAGUAUGAAGACCUCUGGGCCGCGAUAUUGCUGUUGCUGGCCUGGAGAAGCCGGUCUGGGUGAAGACUACCAUCUGGGAGGACGUGACCGUGCGAUAGAUAAAUGGCACUUUCUAAAAGCACGUAGGAAUCUGUCUUUUUCUGUCUGCCUGGAAUCCUGUA